AUGACAUUUGAUUUUUUUGACGUCUGGGGCGUGGGAAACAACAGCCUGCAGCUGCCUCUUCCUGAAAGCUGCCCUGAUGGCUUCAAAAUCCUGCUCAGACAGUGCUGGAACUGCAAACCCAGGAGCAGGCCGUCGUUCAGGCAGAUUCUGCUGCAUCUGGACAUCGCGUCUGCAGACGUGCUCUCCACCCCGCAGGAGACCUACUUCAAAUCUCAGGCCGAGUGGCGUGAGGAGGUCAAGCAACACUUUGAGAAGAUCAAGUCAGAGGGCACGUGUCUUCACCGUCUGGAUGAAGAGCUGAUCAACCGGCGACGAGAGGAACUCAGGCAUGCUCUUGACAUCAGAGAUCACUACGAGAGAAAGCUAGAGAGAGCCAACAAUCUGUACAUGGAGCUCAACGCCGUGAUGCUGCAGCUGGAGCUCAAAGAGAAAGAGCUGCUCAGUGCUAAUGCUGCUACUGUCCCGCCAUGUGCAAACCGAGGGCCUACCUCACCUAGGGCCCGCAGGGUGAAAACUCGUCACCGGAGGAGCGGCAAGGGAAGCAGCGGGGAUCUGUCAGGGCCUAAGCACCCUUCUGCCCCUGCUAGCCAAAAAAGAGAGCCUCCGCUGCCCAACACAACGACACCCGCGCCGCCCAUCACUGAAACUGCUUCAGGAGCCGUGAUGAGGGAGGGCCAGCUGGAGCCGCCCCCGCUGAAGCUGUCCUCAUCCAGCCCAGAUCUGCUCUGCUCCACCCGCCGCGCUGAAGACGGAGUCAGUGGAGCUGCCACGACCGAAGCCCUGGGCAGAGAGCCCGGCGGUGGAGCUGAAGCGGGGGCCGGUCUGGACGAGACUCUACCCAGAAGCGACACGGCGAGUGAAGACGCCGCUUCACUGCCCUUCUCCAGCAGCCCUGAUUCACCCUGCUGUGGCCGAAGUGGAGCGGUGGGCCGAACUCAUGUAGGAGAGGAGAGAGAAGAGGGAAGCGGGGCGGUGCGAUUACCCAGAGGAUCCAGCGGCAGUCAUCUGACUCCAUCAGCCAUACUGUAUCGAGCUGCGAUCACACGCAAACAGCGACGUGGCGUUUCCUCAGAAGAAGAAGAGGGCGAGGUGGACAGUGAGGUGGACUUACCAAGGAGACGACGGCCGACCAGUAUAACCAAGUGCCAAUCAGUAUCCACUUUCAGCUCCGAGAACCUGUCCGUGUCCGAGGGAGAGGAGGGCCACACCACUGACCACUCCCACAGCGGCACGCCAGACGUGGUCAGCACCAACACCGACGAGCGGCUGGAUGAUCGCAGCGAUGACCUCAUCUCCCAGGGGUCUGAGAUCCCUGUUGAUAUCACAGACCCUACUCUGUCCGAACGAGAGGCCGCUGCCCUCGAACAGGAGAGGGCCAACUUUGACCUGGAACAAAAUAUCCUGGAGACUCGCGCGUUGUGUGAGGACUCGGACUGUGACAGUGCUGAACUCGACCAAUCAGGGAGCGGAGAGCCGAGUCGUCCCCCGAGCGCAGGAGGCUGGGGCCAGGGUCCUCAAAACUGAAACGCGCACACACACACACCAGCACACACUUUCACUUUUAGUUGCACCAUAGCGAAACGAACACAGAUUUUCGUGAAACACGUGCGCACACAUCCGGUACACUACACAAAACGACUAGCCACCUUAAGAACAAAUACUCGGUCACUGGUCAUAACAACUUUGGGAUCGUAAACUGCCUCGUGACCAAGACGUAGCCACGGAAAAUAUAGCAAGACAAGUUCAGCGACCUGCUGCUAGAGUUGAGGAUUACAGGAACUACGCGAACAGAUCAAUGCAAUUAAAAACUUCAGGGCAUUCCCGAUAAGCAGCAAUGAUGAUAUCGAUAGGUUUGUGCUGGUGUAGUGCAGACAGACUUCCUGGUGGGCCAGAAUCGUGUCCGUUCAUGUGUCCACGGCUAGUAGUUAGCAGUCGAUGUAAAGUCAGAGUCUAGAUUGAAUCUGUAGUGCUGGAUGAAACUCCUGAUCACAGGAAUCUCCGUCCUCCAGCCUGGAUAAAGUAGUUCUGCCAAAACUGCGCCCCAGUUAUCUGUUCAGACGUGACGUAAAUGAAGUGUGUUGCUCUCGGAUUGGGACUGAUUCACUACUAUGUACAGAUGCUUCCUUUCCAAAGCAUUUACAAGGUGCAUAUACAAAUGUGAUUCUAUUAUGACUAUAAUGCCCUGAAUUUCUGUAAAUAUAUAUUUAGUAGGCUAAAUCUAAGAAAACAACUAUUUGUUAACAUAACGAAAACACAAUAAAAACGGUCCAGUUUCUACUAUUCUCCUGUGCUUGUGCCACGCUACCAUGGCAGCUCAGAUCGGUUUGGAGAUCAGCAGGUGUGUAAAUGUACAGUUAUAUAUAUAUAUAUAUAUACAGUAUAUAGAGUCAGGUUGGCUUUGCUAGUGCAGGACUGUAAAACCCUAGGAUGCAAGUAUACACAACACACAGACUGAACGGCACAUAUAAAUGUACAGAACAUGAUUUAUGAAACGGAGAUAUCUGUUCCAACUGUCUGCUCUCCUCUUACCUCUCAGAUUAUCUUUCAGUACUUUUUCUUUCAUAGGGACAUGCAAUAUGUACAUUUCAACCUAAUCUGAAUAAAGCACUUUUAUUUUCUGCACUGUAAAAAUAAAGUAAAACAAAUUAAUGACAAUAAUUUAAUGUAUAUGAAUUUUAGCUUGCCAGAUGUAGGUCUGAGAAGGGUAAAGUCCCGAAGAACAAAAUGCAUGAUAUACAUUUUUAUGUAUUUUAAUUUUUAAAUCGAUUGUUUUUAUACAUCUUAAGAAAUGUUUGCACCUUUUUUACCUUGAAUGUGUAAUAAUGUUGUGUUGCUUGUAGGCACUUUACAGUAGGAUGUUUAUAUACAUGGACAUGAUCACUUAUUCAUGUUGCACUGAAAAUGUAUUUAUUAUAACGGUGAUGGUUCAAUAGUUGCAAAUCUCCAGUUUCAAGAGUAUGUAUGUUAAGACAACCAUUUAAAACCUUUUUGAAGAUAAUAACUUGAACCACUUUUUUUUUCUGAUGAUGUUAAAACUUUACUGGACCGAACAAGUCAUGUUUUUUCUCGGACAACUGAACAUGGUCCAAAUGCAUAAAUAUUGGCAGCUCUAUUCUGACUGAAACAAAAUCAAAGGUCCUAAAAUUGGUUACAUUUACAUAGAAAGCAAUAAUCUGACUAUGAAUAAGAUGGUAUUUAAAAAAUACAUUUAUGGUAUAUUUGGAAAAAGCAUGAAUUAAUUGAGAUGUAUUUUAGUCACGUUAUUAAGUCAUGUAAACACCGUAAUCCAUCAUC